CCAUGGAGUCGUGACAUAACCUCAGAAAGAGUGUGUUGGGAAAAUUUAUUUUAAGGGUUUCUGGGUCCUCCAAUGUAUCUCUUCCGUAGAAGUGCGUAAUUGUACAGAAAGGAAUCACGAUGAUACGUUUCAAGCAAUAUCAGUGGAAUAAGCAUCAGUAUUUUGUGUGUGGUCUGGUUUUUGGGAUUCUCUUGAGUCUCUACGUGCCAAACUAUGAUCCCCAGGACGAGGAUCUCUCUUGCUUGGGCAGCAAUGGGGACGGGGAGCACCUGGACGAUAAGUACGGAGAUGACUUUGAGCCACAGCUGAAUUUCGCCCAGAAACCCAUGUCGGCGAAGAAGGCCACGAAGAAUAUCGUGCGUCCGCGUUACUAUUCCUCUGAGCUGGGCAUCCGGGAAAAGGUGUUUAUUGGCGUGAUGUCAGCGCAGAAUGAGAUUGACAGCCUGGCCACAGCCUUCAACAAGACUGUGGCACAUCUCGUGAACAAGAUAAAGUUCUUCAUCAACGCGGACAACGUAAAAUCCAACUUCAAGCUGAAGAACAUUGUGGGCUUCACGGACACUCGGGAGCAUUUGAGGCCUUUUCACAUCUUGAAGUACAUCGCUGAUAACUACCUGGACGACUAUGACUACUUUGUUCUCGUCCCGGACACGAGUUACAUCGAUGCGCGCGUCUUGAGGGACAAACUCUCCCACAUUAGCAUCAGCUUUGAUAUCUAUCUGGGAUCGAAGAUGCGCAUUGAGGACGUUGAGAGCGAAUCUGAUGCCAAUUACUGCGAUCUCGAUGCUGGAAUCGUGCUGAGCAGCAGUGUCAUUCGCAAGAUUCGCUCGAAUUUGGACUGGUGUGUCCGAAAUGCAGCCACUCAAUUGCACAGUCUCAACAUUGGCCGUUGCGUGAAGUACUCAACGAAGAUUGACCAGUGCCAGCCUGCGUGGCAGGGAAUCAACGUCACCAGUUACAGACUCAGUACACAGAAGAUCUACAGAGACUUGCACAUCCUCAGAGAUGAUCCCAAGUUCAAUGAUGCCACUGCCAUCUUUCCCGUCACAAUACCGGAUGACUUCUACCGUCUCCACGUCUACUUUUCCCGGCUGCAUUUGGAGUCUGCAAUUGCGCACUUGGCGAGUCUGGAGAAGGAAACCUCGGAGAUCUCCAAUGGCAGCAUCAGCAAUGACAUCCUGGAGAUUCGCUGGCCACUCGGCGUGCCCCCAUCGAGCACACCAGACACACGACACGAUCUUCUGUCGUGGACAAUGCUGAAUGAGACACACUCAUUCCUCGUGGACUCGGAGACGAAUGUGAAACCACUUUCCGACUUGGAUGCCCUGGAUUUUUCCAAAAUACUCAAUCACACUCUUGAGCGCGUGGCCACGACGUACGGUGGCUUGGAGUUUUUGUCUGUCCACACGGCCUAUCGGCGAUUUGAUCCCGUCCGUGGAAUGGAUUACAAGCUCUUGCUCAAGUUUGCCGAUAAGGCGACACGAAGGGUCACACUGAAGGCCUACGAGGCAAUGAAGCCCCUGGGAAUGGUGGAGAUUAUUCCCUCGCCCUAUGUCACCGAGAGCACGCGAAUUGCUAUUCUACUGCCCACAUUUGAACACCAGAUUGACGAGUCACUGAACUUUGUCGCUCGCUAUGAGAAGAUUUGCAUGGAGAAUCUCGACAACACAUUCCUCAUGCUUGUGUUUAUGUACGGCUCAGAGACGCCAAGCAAGGGUGAUCAGGACGUCUUCAAUCGUUUGAAGACGCGCGCCCUGAAUCUCUCAGAGAAGUUUAAGGGCGACGGAUCGCGAAUUGCCUGGGUUUCCAUUCGAUUGCCAGUGGAAUACACAAGAGUUCACACUGUUGACGAUCUCGCGCUGAGCAGUGUUUACGGACAGGAUGAGAUUCUCAGCUUAGCCGUCACGGAUUUGGCUCUGAGGAAAAUCGGACUAGACAGCCUCGUGAUGGUGGCAUCGAAUUCUAUGACCUUCAAGCCAGACUUCCUCAAUCGCGUGAGAAUGAAUACAAUCCAGGGAUUUCAGAUCUACAGUGCCAUCGGAUUCAUGCUCUAUCCUUGUCGUUGGACAGGACUUUGCAAGGAAUGCCCAACUUGCGAUGUGAGCCAGAGUUUGGGAUACUUCGAUAGGGAGAACUUCGACGUGAUUUCCUUCUACAGUCGAGAUUAUGUUGAAGCGCGAAAGAAGCUUGAGUCUUCUGUGCCCAUCGUAAGGACGGAUCGUGAUAUUCCGCAGCUUCUGGAGCGUCCUGACAAGACAGUGAAUACCAUCGUGGACAUGUUCAUCAAGUCCCAGACACCUGUUCAUCUCUUGCGCGCCGUGGAGCCCAACUUGAAGUUCGGCGGCGCCCUAAUUGAGCACCUGGCCAAAGGUGCGUCUUCGCCACAGUGCGCCUAUCGCGAGAACCUCGAAAGCCACGGCAAGUGCAUUCGCAUGGGAUCGAAGAAGCAACUCGGCGAGUGGCUUGUGCGACAAAAUUGA